CCCGGCCUGGCCCAAGUCUCAUCACUAUCACUCUCGUCUCGAGCUCUUCCGAUUCCUGAAAAGAAAUCUCGAACUCUUCCUAGCCUUAAAGAAAAGAAAAAGUAUCAGUCUCGAACUCUUCCGUAGUGUAGCACAGCACAGUACCACCAGCUCAACUCAAGGCGGCAGAUCCGUGCGGCCGGCAGCGUCCCCCACGCCAUUCUCCGCCGACGAGAGCUCCGCCGCAGAUUCGCUCCCAAUCUCUCCCGGAUCUGCUGUCGAGAUGGAUAGAGAAGCCAAGAAAGAAGGUUUCAGGAAGUACCUUGAGUCCAGCGGUGUGCUCGAUACUCUCACCAAAGCCCUUGUUUCUUUGUAUGAGGAGAAUGACAAGCCAUCAUCUGCAGUCGAGUUUGUUCAGCAGAAAUUGGGCGGUCCGUCGAUUUCCGAUUAUGAAAAGCUCAAAGCCGAGAAGUUGGAUUUGCAACUGAAGUAUAAUGAGCUUUUAGAGACUCACAAGGAAACAAGUAGGCAGUUGGAGGAACUUAAGAAUUUGAAGAUCGACGCACCUUGGAAUUAAUGGAACCAACAGGUGUUGACAUCAUAGGUGCCACCAAGCAAAUAUAUAUGCCUCUUCAAUAUGGAUCACCAAGUCAUGUAAAAAAGGAUCAUUUCUUGGCUAAACUUUGCCAACCAUGUGAUGUAAUGCAUUAUACACUCCUUAAUGCCUUUCAAUGUCGUGCAUGUUCCACUCAGGACCAGAAAUUCCAACACCUUCAUGGGCAAAGCUGAACUUAAGCACUAUGAUUCACAUUGAAGAGUCGGAUCAACUCCAAGUUGCUAAAUUUGCCUGAGAGAGAGCAAAGUUUGAUGUUGCAAAGCAACGCUACUGUUUGUGUUGUAACAUAAAAGCUUUUGCCAUGUAUAAAUCACAUGGUUAAUAGCUAAAAUUGCUUGGCCAGCAUGUUUAUGACUUCCCAAAUUUUGGUUCUGUACAUAGUUUGAAACUAUCCAUGUAUAAAAUUAGAAAUUAGUCGUGCCGUUAAGAGUAAA